UGCGCGGAGUUUCAGAUGCCUCUGGAUGUUCAAUGAUAGCACUCCUCCAUACUGGAGCAACAAAGUUUCCCCAAACCUUACUUCCAAGGGCAAGACAAGCUGUGUGCUCCCUCCUCCCGGCUGGUGUUCUCAAAGGGUACAGCUCCAUCGUAAGCAGGAAACUGGCGUCCCACGGCUUUGGAGCUUCCAUGGCAGCAAUGUCAUCCUUCCCUCCACAGAGAUAUCACUACUUCUUAGUGCUGGAUUUUGAGGCUACAUGUGAUAAACCACAGAUUCAUCCUCAGGAAAUCAUCGAAUUCCCUAUCCUGAAGCUGAAUGGCAGGACGAUGGAGAUCGAAUCCACCUUUCACAUGUAUGUUCAGCCUGUGGUGCAUCCCCAGCUUACGCCCUUCUGUACAGAGCUGACUGGGAUUAUUCAAGGCAUGGUGGAUGGGCAGCCGAGCCUCCAGCAAGUGCUUGAGAGGGUUGACGAGUGGAUGGCGAAGGAAGGCCUCUUAGAUCCCAGCGUCAAGUCGAUUUUUGUGACCUGUGGAGACUGGGAUUUGAAAGUGAUGUUACCAGGACAAUGCCAGUACUUAGGGCUGCCGGUUGCUGAUUACUUCAAACAGUGGAUUAAUCUGAAAAAGGCGUACAGCUUUGCCAUGGGGAGUUGGCCAAAGAACGGGCUCUUAGACAUGAACAAAGGACUGAACCUACAGCACAUAGGGAGGCCUCACAGCGGGAUAGACGACUGUAAGAACAUCGCCAACAUCAUGAAGACACUGGCCCAUAGAGGCUUCAUCUUCAAGCAGACCUCCAAACCCUUUUGAUCCCCAAGGCAAGCCAGGCAAGGGCUGCAUGCGCCCGGCGCCGGCGAGGCGGGGAGGACGGGCUCCAGCAUUAAAAAAAAACGGCAACCGAGGCCAGAGGAACCGAUACAAAAAAAUCUCAAUUUCAGCUGUUAACUCCAGUAGAGGUUGUAUAUAUGGGAAGGCAAAUCUGUGUAGACCUGAUGUGACUCCCUCUCUGGGCUGCUCCGGACAUUAUGCCAUGCUAGCGGACAGCCGCGUAGGGCGCUUGCACCACAUUUUAGACUCGUAGUUUGUUCUUUUUCUUUGGCUCCCGAUUUCCGUCCCUCCCUCCAUAUCCCACCCCGUCCUCCCUCUCCCGCCCUGUAGCCAGAGCAUCCCCCAUCUCCUCCCCGGCAUGGGCCGUCCCCACCUUCCCUUCUUCUUUCUUUUCUCUGGUUUUAUGUUUUCAGGCCUCGACGGCUGCUGCAGCGAGGCCGGCGCGUGCCCGCACCCAGGCAGCGCUCACGGAGGCUCAGCAGUGUCGAGACGGCCCCUCGCCCUCCCCGCCAGCCCCCCCCCGCCUCUCCCCCGAGCGCCUUUUCCCCUUUUUGAGUCAACACUAACCCCUCUCUGACUCCUGUAUGUGACAAACGCGAUCCGUCUCUUUAUGUUCAAGGUGAAGUGCCUGUAUUCUCCGCUGCAGAGCCCCUGGC